GUUUAAAAAAAAACUGAAACCGGAAAUGUCAGCCGAGUGACUGCGAAGUGGAUCGCUGCACCUCCACUUUAUAUUACAUAAUGGAUUGUUAAUUUAGGAAACAGUCAUCAUACCUCGUCAAAAGACAAACUGCGAAUAUGACAAAUGUGUACUCUUUGGAUGGCAUCCUGGUUUUUGGGCUGCUGCUGGUGUGCACCUGUGCAUACCUCAAGAAAGUGCCUCGUAUCAACGGCUGGCUGCUGUCUGAGAAGAAAGGAGUUUGGGGUGUCUUUUACAAAGCUGCGGUAAUUGGGACGCGGCUUCACAUUGCCGUGGCAAUUUCCUGUUUGGCCAUGGCGUUCUACGUUCUCUUCUUAAAAUGAUCGUCAGUCUGCGCUGGAAAGGACACCGGAUGGGUGCAGGCUAGGGAUGGACUCAUUACAGUGGUCAUAUGCUAAUCCUUAUUGGGGGAAACCUCAUGGAUUACCUGACCGGUGGCCCCAUUGGCCUUGUGGGGCUGGCCAGUGCUGGUGAUUGGGUACAAAACUCUUCCCUUGAUAAUUUGUAUGCACUACAGAAAGAAAUGGCAUCUGUAAUCCUCUCCGCAGUUAUUACAGUGGAGAUGGACGGUUGGGAACAUGGUAUCAUUCUAUUGUAGGGUAACACUGUUUGUUGUCUCCAGUCCCACCCCAUAAAAAUGUAUACUGAAGGAUGCAUAAGAUUGAAGGGCACCGUGUACAUUUCUGCCAUAUACCUGUACACAAAAGUUAGUCUAGCUGUAUAUGGAAAAGGAAAUGACUGUUCUGUGUGAUCAAAUUGAAAAUAAUCAGUUGUGCUGGCUCCCAGCUAUGCUGGUUUUUCUGUAUCUCUUGUGUAAAGGGUGGAGGGGAAGAUGAAGCUAAUGUAUAAACAUUCUAUACUAUAUUUUGUUUUUUUCCCCCUUUUCUUUUUUCUUACAUUUUCUCAACAGUUCUGUUUGACAUCUCUUAAAUAAGCUUAUGCAAAAUCCAGAGUCUGGGCAGGGAUUGAUUUCAGCUGUGACAUCACAAGUAAAAAUUGAAGUGGCAGAGCCAGCAUAGCAGUGGAGAGCAGUGUUGGGUAAGCUAACGGCGCCAACGCUGGGGACGGCCGACACUCAGCAGAGGCAGCCUAGCAUCAACAAGGCUGACGUCCCACCACGAACGUCUGCGGUGGGGCAGGAACCGGGAGAGCCAACCGUUUUAAAGACAAGACGGACUUUCACGUGCACUCGCGGCUGGCCCAGCUACCAAAACGGAGAACUAAGACGCUCUGGUUACAACUAAAACAAGAAGUUUCACUGCUCAGGAUGCUAUUGCUCUGCUUCAUUUAUGUUAGGAAUGUGGUAUAUAGCUCCUUUUUAAGCUUUGUUUUAGGUUUGAAAUGCAAAUGUUGCACAGGUGUUUUAAUUACUUUGACAUCUAAUAAUAUAAUUUUAAAAAGAGUGACAUCUAGAAUACAAUGUUUUACCGCAACUGUAGUGUAUUGCUGAGAGGAGAAUAAACUAUAUUGUGAUAAUUGGAUAUCUAUAUCUGUCUUGCCUAAGCAUUUAAAUAUUUAAAUGCAAUGCCAAAUAUUAACGGUGCUUCUAAUUGCACCUGAAUUGCAUGUUAUUCUGAAUUAAAUCCUGUCACUCAUUAUUUUAUUUUUUUUAAGAAUAAAGGGUUAUUUGGGGGGUUGCAGAGCAGUUUGGAAUAAAACAUUUGAACAAUU